AUGUUGGGUGCCAGAGGAACCUUUGGGUUUAUUGCCCCUGAAGUAUAUUGUAGAAACAUUGGAGGUGUCUCCAACAAGUCAGAUGUUUAUAGCUAUGGUAUGAUGGUACUAGAAAUGGUAGGAGGAAGAAAGAACAUCGAUCCACUAGUAGAGAACACCAGCGAGGUAUAUUUUCCUCACUGGAUAUACAAACGUCUCACUACAUACAGGCAUCUUGAUCUACAUGGAUAUCUAGGUUUAAAUGGAAUUGAGACGAAAGUUGAAGAAGAAACAGCAAGGAAGAUGAUCUUAGUUGGUUUGUGGUGCAUCCAAACCAACCCGACGGAUCGGCCUUCAAUGAGUAGGGUGGUAGAGAUGCUGGAAGGAAGCCUUGAUGGCUUGCCAAUGCCACCCCAGCCAUUUCUAUCUUCUUCUUAG